ACAACCCGGCUCCCUGACUCAUUAACUGGCGUUACCUGCCGACCGAUAAACAGUGGAACACAUUAUUUUGAGACGUUUCACGGGCGAGUGGGAGCCACUCUUACCGAUCUUAUAGCAGCGUUUCCGUAUAAAAUCCGUCGUCUGUAGAAUAUCAGGGAGUAAAUUUAAUCAACUUAUCCGAGAAAGAGGUGACAAGGGAGAACAACCGCGCUUUCGAACGUUCCCAGACCAGGCCCACUAUAACUUAGGUGUGACCAUGACAGCUGGUGCGAUCUGCCCCCCCACUAUCGUACCGCUGCGUCUGCCUGUACCUGGCAAGACUAAACUGUGGAUCGACACCAACACCAGGAUAGAGCUCAAGUCAGAUACACCAGACACCACGUUCUGGUACACGUACGAUGGCACCAGGCCAGAACCAUUUAAACAGCUGGGCAUGGGAGAGAAGACCACGCUAAAGUACCGGGAACCGUUCACUCUACCGGAGGGCAAAGUCGCUGUCAAGGCUCUGGCACUGUCAAGGGACGGCCGUGAGAGUUCUGUGGUGACCAAGACGUUCCAGGUGGACUACGUGGCGCCGCCGCCGCUGCCUCGGGAUGAGGACGACCAGGAAAACUUCCAGAGGGACAUGGAGCGGGACCGCAGGAAGAAACAGGGGACCUCUAAAAAGGCAGCUGAGAGGUCCAAGGAGAGACUGAGGAAGGAGACAGCUAGGAAGGAGUCCCACAACCUGAUAGGUCAGAUCCUGAAGAAGACUCUACAAGAGGGAGGAGAUGCCUCAGCGCACAUGGGGGACCUCAGGAUAGAAGACUUGACGCUGGACGGUUCUGACUACAGGCGGCCGCAGACUAAAGCUCGCUUCCUCAACAGCAGGAUGGGACCUACUGUGGACCCUGGCAAGAUGUCUGAACCUCCAGAGAACCUGUCUCAUGCCAAGAGACUGCAGAGGGAGACAGACUUCCUUAGCUGCAUCUACUGCAUGGCACCGAGGCCCUCUGACCCCUAUGCCCGGUACUGCAACGAGUGUGGCUCCCCUGUGCCGCCUGUUCCUGGGUCCAGACUGCCCCCUCCUGAGGGGGGACAGAUGGGGAUGUGUGUGUACUGUAAGUCCAUGGUACCCCUCAACACACCCACCUGUCUGGUAUGUGAGGCCCCCAUCCCUCCCCAGCUCCAGCCACAGGCCAGCGUGGUUCUAGCAGGUAAGCGAGUGUGCCCUGCCUGUAGCACAGCUAACCCAGCCGACCUGGACAGAUGUGUGAUGUGUGAAACCAGGCUACCUCCUAUGGGAAAGCCGAUCGCCCACGGAGGGAUGCACCCCGUAGCGCCCAAACCCGACCCCCACGGCCGGCUCAUGACCUGCUCCAAGUGCGGCCGGGUCAACAACCCCGACGCUCGCUUCUGCGACUGGUGCGGAACCAAGGCUUCUGACUCUGGUGUUUUUGGGCGCUGGUGUUGUAGGCUCCCCCCUGUGAUGCAUGUGACCUGUGGGAAGUGUAAGUCCAGUAACCAGGCGUACGCUCGCUACUGUCUGUCCUGUGGAACCCUGCUGGAACCCCCGCACAGGAACGACCCCAGGAAUACGGCCAAGAUUGUUCCCGGAUCACAAUUUCCGCUGUCCGGGUCGGUGUCGGGUUCGUGGGUACCCAUCGUGCCUCCCGUGUUGCUGCCCAAGGCCCCGCCCUCGGCUACAGUUGCCACGCAGACGGUGGGCCUGUUCUACCCGUCGUUCCGGGAGAUGCAGCAGCGCGAGGCGCGGGAAGCCGGCGAGCGCGAGAAGGCGGAGAGGAUGAGCGACAAGCGGCCGCCCGUCAGCGCUGUCAGCCCCGGGAAAGGCUACUGGAGGAAGCAGAUAGAUCACAUCUGUGGGCAUCUCCGGGCGUACGCACAGAACACAACCGAGUUUAGAGCUAACGUGGGAGAACCCAGGAUGGGCAAGCUGGUGUCAGCAACAGUACACGAGGACGGCUACGAACUGUCACUAGCCAUGACCUUUGCACUCAGAGGGAACAAGGAUGUCCUGACAGGGAAACCCAUGAGAGUCAGAGGUGAUGAGUUCCUGAGUAACCUGACGGAAGGCAGGAGGAGGAGUUUCCACGGCAGCUCGUCCAGUCUCGCAAGUGACUCGAGUGAGAAGAAGAAGAAGAAAGGGACCAAGAAGGCCAAGAAGAAGAAACAGCCUAGUAAAGAGGACAAACUUCAUGCUGAGGAUAGACUCCUGCUGCAGGAGGUGGGGCCGAAGGGAGAAGGAAACGCAGAGGAGGUGCAGAAACUACUGGACGAGGGAGCUAACCCUAACCUAGUGGACAACGAUGACCGUCCGGUGCUGAUGGUUGCGGUGAUGAACAAUCGUCACGAGUCCAUCCCUGUCCUGGUGCAGGCUGGAGCCGAGGUGGACAAACGAUCGGGACCGAAAAACAACACAGCCCUGCACGAGGCAGUCAACCUGGGGCCUUCUGGCAAGAGAGCGGUGCAGGCUCUGUUAGGGUGCAAUGCCAACUCGAAGCGUAAGAACGACAAGUCGGAGAGUCCGUACGACCUGGCUGUGAAGCUGGGAGAUGAGACCAUCCUGAAGAGUUUCGCCUCCUCCAUGGGGCAGGACCUGCUGGACAAGAUGACCAAACCCGGCAAGGCCGCUGAUAUAGAGGUCGAUGUCUUCUAGUCUGGGUCCGGCCUUGUGGUCCGGUGUUCAGGCCGCACCAAUUUGAUUUGUUGGUUCUCAGAUUUUUUCGGACAAAAAUAUGAAGAGGCAGGGCAAAAAAAAAAACCCUAGGCAUCCUGUAAUCCAAACGAUGAAUUUCAGAAUUUAUAACCGAACCACAGUGACUGCAUUUAUAGAUGGAAAACUGUAACAGCUCUGAAGAGAAGGGACUUCCUCCAAAAUCCUUUCCUGUUGCUGAAUAUCACAAUAAUUGUUCCUCAGGUGCAAUGCUAAUUCAAAGAGGAAGAACACAGAUGUACAGGUCGACGUCCUCUAGUCUGGACAUGGCCUCUAUGAUCUAGCCAGCACCCGUUUUUCUGUCAAUUGCAGGAACUUUGUGGCAUGUGACAAAAUUUUUUAAGCCAAUUUGUCAAACUUGGCAGACAAAAAUCUUUGGUAAAAAUAUAAAAACAUCCAAAGGACCACCACCAACCACGCUCAACUCCAUGAUUUGCCUCUCAAAAUGUGGAAAAU